AUGUUCGCACAGGACCGGCGGAUGAAAGCAUUCGCCCUCGGAACACGGUGUGACAAUGGCGACCACCUAGUCAACUUUGCAGUCGCUAAUCGUCUUGUGGUGACUAACACUUGUUUCCAGCAACCGCGACGACAUCUCAUUGACUACAUUAUAGUACGGGCGAGAUGGGCAAGAUCUGUAUUUGACUCUCGAGCCUAUUGCGGUGCAGAUACGGGCAGUGUGCAUGGAUCGGAUCAUACACUUGUCCGCGCAAGCCUCCGUCUGCGACUGCGGGCAAGGAGAUCCACCAAGAUCCUGAAGCGAAUCAAGGUCGCCAAUCUGAAACUGCGUGCGGGAGAACAUUUCGGGUUGGAACUUCGCAAUUGGUUCUCUCUCCUCCAUCCAAGCUCAGAACCUCAAGCAGAAACUGAAUGGCAGGCUCUCAAAUCUGCCACCGUCGAAGCGGCACACGCCCAUCUUGGUGUCACCCGUCACCGAUAUCGGGACAGGAUCAACGGGGUGAUCCUUCGGCUGGUCGAGAAGGCGAGGGUAGCCAGACUGACGGGAGCUGCGAACUUUCGCGAUCUACGGCGCCGCGCAAUGCACCCCAUCCGCGCUGACCGAAAUGCGCAUUGGCGCGACUUCGUCGAAGAGACUGAGCGUGCUUCAGCAUGUGGCGACUCUCGCAAACUCUACCAUAGGGUGACGCGGGCAAGUCGCGGAACUACGGUGGUGAGUGAGACGCUUCGCUCACCGGAUGGUGCUAUUAUCGCAGGUCUGGGCGAGCCGCUAAAUCGAUGGAAAGAGCAUUUUAACGAGCUACUCAAUCAUCCGACUCCGGCGAGGGAAGUGGCCGUUGAACCGACCGAUGAAUACGAGUGCAACACUGCACCCCCAACGGUAGAUGAACUGCGAGAUAUUCUGCGCCAUCUGCGGAACAACAAGUCUCAUGGUGAGGAUGGUAUACCUGCAGAAGUAUAUAAAGCCUUUCCAGAUGUAUUCGCCUCGUGGGUGCAUCGUGUCUUUAAUGCGCUCUGGCUUUCUGAGACCUACCCUGCCGAUUGGAGCGAGACCAUCCCACGACCUUUUUUUUUUCAAAAAGGAGGCUCACUCUGGCGUAACAUGGAGGCCGAUGGCAUGCCCGCUAAACUCCUUCGUCUCAUCAAGAGCUGCUACCGGUCGACGCGAGCCCGUGUUUGUGCUUAUGGUGAGGAGUCGAAGACUCCGUGCUGCAAUCCACCACUCCACUCCUCUCUCUCUCUCUCUCUCUCUCUCUCUCUCUCUCUCUCUCUCUCUCUAUACACACGCACAUAUGUAUAA